UUUACGAGGUCUAUCUCGAAGCUUGCAGGAGAUGGCCGAGUUGUUACGAUUGCUACAAGGGUAACCAAGAUCAGAGUUACAAGGGAGACCGUUGAGGUUGGCAUUCCCGAGAUGAGGUUCACAUUGGAGGAAGAACUGAACCCCACUUGCCUGUUUACAUUUAUUUGCCGGGAGAGAGACUUUAUACAAUUGUGCAACAACUACAGGUUGAAUGUUGUAGAUUCAGAAGACCUUUUUGAGCAGAUCUUGGAUAGUUUACAGGAUGUGAAGCAGUCAGGGCUUAGGGUUCGUCCCCUAUUAUUUGAAACAAUGAAGACGGUGGCCCACCUGAAACUACCAAACCUAGAGAUAAGAUGGAGACCGGCAUGUAAGACCAGAGUGGCACAACACAACAAGAUGCGGCAGGAGGAGAAAGAAGCGGACAGAAAGAGACUGGAGCGCAAAUGCAAAAAUCAGAGAGAGGAACUUGAAACGAUGGAAGCUAUGAGAGUGGAGAUGGAUCGCAUGAGAGCUGAGAUUGCAGAAUUGAGGGAGGAAGUCAGGUCUCUUAAAGAAGGGGCCAAUACUUGUACGGCCCCUUCAACUGAAAUGGCAGAACAGAGCAGGAUCCCAAGGCCAAAGGGACCUGCAUCUGCCAGUGCGCACAGGAGCCUUUUUGCAGCUGUGCGCAGGAGACCUGGCUUCGCUGCGGGCAGUGCUUCUACAACGUCAACUGCGUGCAGGACAUCAACAACAACUGCAUCAACAACUGCACGCAGUACUUCUGCCCGCAGCACGGCAGCAACUGUGGGCAGCUCUACACGGAAGACAACAUCUGCCCGCAGCUCUGCUGCCACUGCCCCCAGCAUGUCAUCAGCUGGUGGGCAGACUUCUGCCCCCAGCACAUCAUCAGCUGGUGGGCAGACGGUCGAGGGUGGGGCAGCUCGAGGUCGUGGAAAAGUCUCAACAAAACGUAAGCGUGUUGAUGACGAUGGGGGGCAGGCAAAGAAAAAACCGGCUUGGAAAUGAGAAUAAAAAUGCCUGCCCCUCCCCCACCCCUCGACCGGACUCCCUCUUCUGCAUCUCAGCCAAACAACAUCUCUCUCUGAUCCAAAGUAUUUAACGACUAUGAUCCAAAUCGCUCCGCACCUCUUCUUCACCUUGUACAAAAUCCCUGCUCAGCAUCGCUACAUACAUGGCUGCAGUUUACCUAUAAUACGAAGGCUGCAGUGCUCUACAAUGGCUAGAGCUGUGUUUGUGUCAUGCCGGUCUCCAUGGGCCACCGUCAACAACGUCCUGAUUGUGAAUGUUGUCUGAAAAAAACACUUGAAAGGACAUUCCCACGAACAAGAACUGACGAUUUGUUUUAAGUUGUUUGUGUUCAUUUUUUAUUGGUUAAAUACAGGUUUGCCUUUUGAAAGAUGCCAUUUUUUCAACAGUGUUCUUUAAAAAAAAAAAGAGAAUGUUCAUAGCCUCUUUCAUGUUUUAAAGGUAUGAUGUUCAUAUUACUAGACUUAUUUCACACCUGUUAAAAUCAGAUAAAUUUCUGAAAAGUCCUCAAACUAGUUGGUGUAGUUAUCCAAGCUUUUUGACUUGACUGCAUAUAUCUACAAAUGCAUUAUUUUACUUUGUUUAAUUGCCUAAAGCAGAUCUUGACUGAAGCUCCAAAGUAUUAGCUGUAUAUGAUUUUGAACAGUUUCAUACAUGACCUUGGCUUCACUCAUUUUUUUUAUGUUGUCUGAGCAUUGGACAACUAUGAUCUAUUUGAAUCUUUUAUUGAUAUUUAUCAAUUUGUACAUUGCUGUCUGUUCAAUUCUGACCUUAGUCCCUGUCCUGCGAUCCAUCUUGAUAUUGAAAACAGGGGCCCCUGUACUCCACUUAAUCCCCCUCCUAGCCUACGCCUGGCAAUUUUCAAUCCCACCAUUAUCCCGUCCAACAAAUGCCUUUCCCCAAAUCCUUUCCUGACCCCUGACCUGUCCACUGUCAAACCAACCUUCUACUCUACACUUUCUUAAGGGCCGGCCCAAGUCAUACCAUCUUCUCUAACAGACAUAGAUGUACAAAUAGAUUGAAUGUGUAUAUGAAAUUAUAUAAGCAUUCACAAAGUCUUGUUAUUAAUUUUACUACAAAAAGUAAGCUUUACCAUAUAACAAAUUAAAGAAACUACAAAUUAAGGCAGCAUGGUCAGAACUGUUCCUUUUUAGUUCAUGAUAACCUGAACUGUAUGCUUCCAUUGACUGGCAUAGUUUCAGUAUUUUGUAUUAUGUACUUUAAAUAAACUUGCCAAUUAAAGCAGAGGAUAACCUCUACUGAAACAUUCGGAGCAGAACAUUCAUAACAUUAACUGAAAUACCACAGGAUUAUCAAAAAAAGAUAAAUGUAUGAAACCUGUUAUUGUUUACAAAGGUAUAUAGUAGAAAGGCAAGCCUAUUAACCAUUUACGAGAGCAUUAUACACAAUAUAAGAUGUUCGUUGGGAAUGAACGUUUCAAUACGAUACUGUAUUAUCACUGAUUGCAUUCAGUGAAGUUGUUUUGGGGGAAUGUUGCAAUCGUUCGUUUGAUUUGUUAUUUUCUGCUUUUGUGCAGUUUUAUUUAUUUUUUCGGUAUGCUGACGACUUGCAGUUAGUGGUGUUAAAGGUGAUGAUGAUGAGGAUGAUGAUGAUGAUUGGAGGAUGUAUAUAGUGAUUUUUAAUAUUUUGUUACGUUCUAGUAACUUUUAUAAAAAAAUAAAACCAAAUAAAAAAUAUUUUUGUGCAACCUAUUAUGUAUGUUUAUUUGUUUCAUUUAUUUUGAAGCAUUUAUUUGUUUUAUAGUGUACAAAAAGGUGUAAUUAAUUGGUAAAACAAACAAAAAACAUAUUCAAAAUAACUUCAAAAGCAGUUUUAUAUAUAUAUAUUAUUUUAUUCGGAACUUUUUUUUGUUUUUGCAUUGAAUUAUAAUUAUGGUCAUUAUUUUAGACCUGUUCGUGUUUUACCAAAUACUUAUACCUUUUUGUGUUUUACUUACAUAAAAAAUACAAAAAAAAAUAAUUAAACUUAAAAAAUCAAAAAAAAUAAUCUUGUUUGAAUUAUGUACAUAUUUGAAUUCAGCCGGACUGUUUCAAAGAAACAAGUCUAGCUAUUCUCAUAGCCUUGGUGUUGUCAUUAUUGUGUCAAAGCAUAUCAAAUGUUCAAGCUAUCAAAAUGAAACUUGGUACACAUGUGGCGAGCUAUAAUACACACAUGAAUAGCAAAGCCAUAAUUCUGGUUAUUGGUUGUGAAUUAUGCCUUUUUUUACACUGAACAAAAGGCGAGUGUUGGCGUUCACUUUGGUGCGCUCUCUUUUUUUGUUGGUGAUUAUCAACGUAUUUUGUUUUUGAAUGAUUCGCAACAUUUCCCUCAGUUAUUGUUAUUUUCUGUAAUAGUGUUCGAAAUGUUUGUGCUGAUGCUUCUGAAAGCGUAUAAAUGUAGUUUGUAAACUAUUUUAA